CAUUCCUCAUUUCUGUAUCCUGAUUAUGACCUCACUCUUACACCCCCCUAUCUCAGCCACUUCCCCUAAAUGUACACAGAAUGAGAGAAAGCAUUGAGCAGGAAGGAUACAAUAGAACACACAGAGUGACCACAGGACUUACAGGGACUCAGAAGAGUGAGAAUAGGGGCACCCUAAAAACCUGCCCUAGGGUACAUGAAGGAACUGUCUGCAGAUAGGAAGAAUAUUGCAGUUCUAUGAAGGUAGUGGAGAGAUAUUGGGCUGUGUUCAGAUAUAGCACAUAGUUCACGUGGACUCUCCUCUCCCGGAUACACUGGAUUACAUACUACAGACAAUAUGCCACACUUUUGGAAUACUGGAAUUUGCCUGGCGACACUUCUCAUAAAUGGUAUUACAAUCAUGUCAAACAAUAUAUCACCAACCACAGGUGUCAGUGCAUCAAUGAUCAAUAAACCUUUAUUGUGUCCCAACGGAACUAAACCUCCAGAUAUAAAUGAAUGCCGAAAAAGAACAGAUCUUUGUCAUUUUUACACUCAAUGCAAAAACUCCCAGGUUGGUUAUUACUGUAAGUGUGAUGAAGGCUUCCAGAAAGAAAAUAAAACAGAAUUCUGUCCUUCUGUCAACAGAAGCGAAAACACGUGUACAGAUAUAGAUGAAUGCAGUGAUUCCCCACGUGUCUGUGGUUCUAACUUGAUCUGCCGCAACUUGCCCGGCUCAUAUAAGUGUGUUUGUAAUGAAGGAUUUACAAAAGUUUCCGACACGUGUUUAGAAAUAGUGAGGUGUCACAGGAACAAGAAUUCAUGUGGUUUGAAAGGUAUAUGUGUGUCAAAUCAAAUCUCCAUAACAUGUUCCUGUCAAGAUGGAUACAGAGCAGUUUCACUGGGAUUACCGCACCCCCAAUGCAAUGUGAAAUGCAAAAAUAAUGCAACCCGAAAGGAAUGUCAUCAUGAUCCGAUUGAAUGCAAACUGAAAGAUUUCACUAAUAACUUUACACCAUAUUGUAAGAACGACACUACCCAGGAUGAGCUCUCAUUGGAGAAGCUUUUGGAAGGCCUGGAUGGUCUGAUUGAUGGAUUUAGCUAUGUCAAUAAGUCUGAUAGAUUACAGAAAGCGGGAAAUAUCCUGAAAACUGUGGAACUCACAGUACAGAACUUGGUUCUUUUAAAACAGAAAGCUUUGUCACUCACCAACAAGAAGAAAACGAUCAGUAUUGAAGUUGCCCAUGGUACUGCAGAUAGCGGCACACUCUCACUUCAAGGCAGCAAAAGCAGUGUAACACUGGACUCUAAAACAGCUGCGGGGAAUACAGGUGUAGCAUUAUUAGGAUGCAUAGAGUAUACAAAUAUCACUCAUAUUUUCGAAGAAGCUGAUCUUUUGGAAGAAAUAUCAAAAAAUAAAACCUUUAAACUUGUCUCCCCUGUGAUCAGUGUCUUCCUUGGCAUCACUAACACAUCUAGUCUCCGACAACCAGUAUCAAUGAGACUGAAUGUCAAAGAGGAGAUGUCCAAAAAAAUGAGUUGUGUGUCCUGGUCAGUGUCAGACAAUAGUUGGAGCAAUAAAGGUUGCGAGACGGGACGUGAUGAAUAUGGAGUGACCUGCAACUGCACUCACUUGACCAGUUUUGCCGUCUUAAUGCUUCUGCAUGACGAUGAGGAGGUCUUACAGAGCGUGCCUUUGACCCUCAUAACACAAAUCGGGCUCUCAAUCUCCAUCUUCUGCCUUGUACUAGCCAUCAUCACUUUCUGCUUUUGCCGUUCGCUCCGUGGAACACGAAACACCAUUCACAUGCACUUGUGUAUAAGUCUCUUCUUUGGCAACUGUAUAUUUCUACUUGGAAUCACAGCAGUUAACAGCAAGGUUUGUGGGAUAGUUGCAGGACUUCUUCAUGCUUUCUACCUCUCUUCCUUUUGCUGGAUGUCUCUGGAGGGAUUGGAGCUUUACCUUAUGCUAGUUACGGUAUUUAACACCCAUCUCAAGAAAAGAUACCUCUUGGCAGUGGGGUAUGGUAUACCAGCUGUGAUCAUCACGAUAAGUGCAGCAAUAUACCAUGAAGGAUACGGCACUAAGAAAUACUGCUGGUUGUCUCAUAAACAAGGAUUUAUCUGGGCCUUUAUGGGACCUGUGUGUGCCAUUAUACUGGUGAAUUGCGGAAUCUUCGUGCUCACUGUGUGGAAACUUGCUGAGAAGAUGUCUUCUGUCAGCCCAGAGCAAGGGAAGCUGAGGAGAUUCCGGACCCUGACCGUGACAUCGCUGGCACAGCUGUGUAUCCUGGGGAGCUGCUGGGCAUUCGGAUUCUUCAUGUUCAGCUCUGCUACACUCUUUUUCGCUUAUGCGUUCACCAUCCUCAACACCCUGCAAGGAAUACAGAUCUUCUGUCUGCACUGUCUGAUGCACAAAAAGGUGCGGGCAGAGUAUAAGAUAUGGCUUUGUGCGCUUGCGCAUUUCAAGUCUCCGGUUUACUCCGAAUUCAGCAACACCAGCAACACACAGACACAUAGCAAGGGCAAAACAGGCAAGGACUCCGGCUUAUGAUGAGCGGUACACGGCUACUACUGGACUCCAUUACAUUUUAGUCUUCCAGAUUUUCCUAGCGUGUUUGGCUUCGCCACAGAAGAAGAGGUCCACUCUACAACCCUAAAAAAGAAACCACGUCCAGAGACCACCACAGUGAAAAUCCCCAAUAUAUGACCUCCAUCAACCCGAUUUCCCAGAGACGUCACAAAACACAAGAUCCAAACCAUAAAAAAGUUUUUAAUUUUUUCCCUUCUUUACACAAAAGCCAUGAAUUAAAAAAAAAAAAAAAAAAAAAAAA